AUGAAUUUACUGGAUAUUGGAGUUCCGAUGAGUGAUAGUAAAUCCAAAGAAAAAAUGCAUUAUAAGGUGCAUUUUCAUGUGCUGUUGUUUUGUGUAAUAUUCAUGCAGAUUUUCACCUCAUCGGCCAUACCAUGCGAUUCUUGUGGUAAUGAGUGUGCCAGUGCUUGUGGAACUAAACAUUUCAGAACCUGUUGCUUCAACUAUUUACGCAAACGUACCGAUCCGAAUGCCAUGAAAAUGAUAACGAACAAGCGGCUAAUCGAUUUCAUAAUGUUACAAGGGCGUGCGAUGUAUACCCAGAAUGAAUUGAGUCAUGAGAGGAGACAACAACGUCAACAGCAGCAGCAACAACAACGAGAACAAGAACGUUACUUAUCCAGAUCCCUACCACCGUUGAAUACCGACCGUCACAAUGGUACACUGAUAUUUGAAGAUUUACAAGCCUAUUACGAUUAA